AAAGUUUUCCUAACGUCAGGCUCUCAGUCGUCUACUUUUGUUAUCUGUGAGAAACUUUCAGAUAUGCAGUUCAUCAGGUGUGUAAGCGGUUUUGAUUUAUAAAUGCAUCGUAAUCGCUUUAGAAAUUAAUAUGUCAUAUUCAUCACACAUUAUCUUAUGGUAUCGUAUCCUGUAAGGCAGAAUGACAGAACUUUUUUUCGUCUCCGCCAGCUUGGUCGCGUCUCUGUCGCUGCUGAUCGUCGCAGGAGUGAGUCACGCACUCCCAGCCGCCGUCCCGGCCCCUCCUCAGGUGGCCGCUCAGUGCCCCUACACGCCGGGAGAGUACCCUCUGCUGCUGCCCAACCCCGUCGACUGCGGCUCCUUCUACAUGUGCAGCUGGUACGGGACGGCCCUGUUGCAGCACUGUCCUCCUAUGCUACACUUCAACGCCAAGCUGCAGGUGUGUGACUCUCCUGCAAACGCCAACUGUGUCCAGAGAACCACAGCUGCUCCUGUUUCCAGCAGAGGGAUCGGCCCCGGCGUGUAG